AUGUCCUGUCCCGACUGUUUCCAAGGCCAUGUCCACAGCAACGACCUCAAGGGCCAAAUCACUACCCUUCAUGGGUUCGAUGUCUAUGUCGCAGAACCCUCGGAUGGACCUGACGCCGUGCGCGGGAUCGUGAUCAUCAUCCCCGACGCCUUUGGAUGGGAGUUUGUAAACAGUCGCAUUCUAGCAGACCGAUAUGCCGAGAAAGGCAAGUAUAAGGUUUACUUACCUGAUUUUAUGAACGGACGCGCAGCUCCUCUCUGGAUAAUUUACCACGUUAUCUUGGCCGCAGCGGGGUUCCUCUGGUUUCUACAUUUUAAUAAAUUCAGCAAAUCCUGGCCCCUUGUCCGGUCGUUCGCCACGGCGGUUCGUCAGAAUGAAGGUGCUCGACUUCCGAUCGCAGCUGCGGGCUUCUGCUGGGGGGGAAAGCAUACCGUCAAUCUGGCGCAUGGUGUCGAGGUGGACGGUAGGCCUCUUAUCAAUGCGGCCUUCACGGGUCACCCCAGUCUCCUGGAUAUCCCUGGGGAGAUUGAGAAAAUUAAGAUCCCGACCAGUUUUGCCAUGGGGGAAUUGGAUAGAGUGGUCAAAAUUCCCCAGGUGAUGCAGAUCAAGCGCAUUGUAGAGGGCAAUGAUGGCGUGGGGGAAGUGAAGGUCUACUAUGGCGCGAACCAUGGGUUCUGUGUGAGAGAAGAUCCAGCCUUAAGGGAUUCGGAAAAGCAGGCUGUUGAGGCAGAAGAUCAGGCGCUGGACUGGUUUAAUCGCCAUUUUGCGCGAGUGUCGCUCUAA